AUGGCCUCUCUCGCCCUCGCCAUCGGCGCUGCCAUCUACUUCACCACCGAAAAAGUCCGCGACCAUAAGAAAAAGAAGCAGGCCUUGAAUGCUCACGGCGCACCGCAAUACGACUCGGUUUCACCAACCUCGUCAAUCAUGGAGAACAACGCCGCCCGCCGCACAGCGGAACAGCUACCGGCAUAUGUAUUCACAGAACCCCCGCCAUACCACAUCAAAGACCAACAUUACGAGCGCAAGGCCGCUAAGGAACGCAGGCGUCGGGCCUCUGGAGGCGCUUCAGUUGAGGCGGGGGGACAGAUAUAG